UUCACACAACAUUGAAGUCUUCAGAGUUUACACAGAAUGGUGUGAGAAAACAAAAAAAGCAUUCAGUGAGUGACAGUGCUGUGGUGAGUUCACAGCCCGCUGAAACUUGAGGCGUAUGGGCUACCGUAGAAGACAACAUUGGGCUUCCAAAGAACAGGAAUCUGAGUCCACAGUGGGUACAUGUUCACUUAAACUGGACAGUUGAAGAUUGGAAAAAUGUCUCCUAGACUUUAUCCUGAUCAGAUUCCUGUUCUUGGAUGAAAGGAGUGGAACCGGAUUUGGUCUUCUGAUGUUGUAGCUGACACUGAUGGUUAUCUAUUCCCGGGCACACUGGUCAUCUCUGAUUGUAUGAAGGAGGCUUUGCAUGUUUCUAACACAUUAUUAACUGGCAGGAUAGAGGUGAGAGGGUGCAGAAAAAAAAGUGGGUUGAGGUGCAGAGGACAAGCUCAAAGAGAAAUACCUUUCAUCUCUCUGUAUAUGUAUGCAUCUGAUAAAGUGUUUGUGGAUGUGUCUGGAUGUGCAUCCAUGUGAAUGCAUGUGAUCGUGUUUCUGUCACGAUGGGGGUUUGGGGGUGUGUGCAAGCCCAGGGGGCUGUUUAUUAUUCAUGAGGUGGACUGGGAGAUGGCCAAGUAGGCAGCAGCAGAUGGGAAUCUGUUUUUGCUGUGCGUGUGUGAGAGAAGGGAGGAGAGAGAAAUCUCUGAUUACACAACAGUAGGGAUGCACCAAGACCGAGAGCAGCUCUCCUAAAUCAGCAUUAGUAUCAGAGCGCUUAUACACACAUACAGAGACACAUCCUUACGCAUGCUCUGUUGUACUAGUCUGUUCUCAUUCAGGACACAGCAAGACACAGUGACCCAGACUUCUGCGUGUAUGUGGAUUUAAACCGGCAGAGUUGGCAUCGUAAAACAUGCACUGAUUGUACUGGAUGAGACGAAGGAAUUUACCAUUGCUGAAGAUGCCUUGGGCUGUGUGCCAGCUCUGUCUAACCAGGACAGGAAAUUUCAUGUGAGAGGUAUAAGAUUCUCUGCUUUCAUGAUCCAUUAGUCCAUCAGACCAGAUUUCCCCCUUGUUUUUGUGUGUGCAUCUGAGUCAAUAGCAGCGUGAAGGUUGGAGCCAGCCAAUCGGAGGAGAGAGAUGUGGAAGCAGGGGCAGUGGACUCCUCUGGCUGUGCUGUCAAUCAUUGUGCUGCUGUGGAAGGAGGCAGCUCCCAUCAAUGUCCCUCCAGACCCAAGAAUCCAGCAGGACUUGAAACAGCCCCCCACUAUUGUCACGCAGUCAGCAAAGUACUAUAUUGUGGAUCCCCGAGAUAACAUCAUCAUUGAGUGUGAGGCCAAGGGCAAUCCUGUACCAACGUUUUGGUGGAGACGAAAUGGGAAGUUUUUCAAUGUGGAGAAGUAUCCACGUGUGUCCAUGAGGAAACGCUCAGGCACACUGGAGAUCAGCUUCAGGAAUGGUGGAAAGCCUGAUGACUACGAGGGAGAAUACCAGUGCUUUGCUAUGAAUGACUUUGGCACUGCCAUAUCCAACAAAAUACUGCUACGAGUUUCCAAGGCACCGCUGUGGCCCAAAGAGGUUUUGGAGCCAGUGGUAGUAAGUGAGGGAUCACCUCUGGUCCUGGCCUGUAACCCACCCCCAGGCCUUCCCCCACCUAAAACAUUCUGGAUGAACAGUGGAAUGGGGAAUAUAGAGCAGGAUGCUCGAGUGUCCAUGGGACUGAAUGGAGAUCUUUACUUCUCUAAUGUGCUCGCUAAGGAUGCUAACACCGACUACAGCUGCAAUGCCCGAUUUCUCUUCACACACACCAUCCAGCAGAAGAAUCCUUUUAUUCUCAAAGUGCAGACAACACGUAACAUUCAAGAAUCAACACCUACUUUUCUCUCUCCCUCGGGAAUAUCCAGCUCCAAGAUGGUUCUCCGCGGAGAGGAGCUUCUCUUGGAGUGUAUAGCUGCUGGAGUUCCAACUCCUAGAAUCAAAUGGUUUAAGAAAGGAGGGGAUUUGCCAGAGAGAAAGGCCAGAUUUGAGAACUUCAAUAAAACCCUGUCUAUAGUGUCUGUGUCAGAUGAGGAUUCUGGAGACUACAUCUGCAUGGCCAGUAAUAAGAUGGGCAGCACCCGCCACACUAUCUCCGUUCAGGUUAAAGCUGCUCCAUUUUGGCUACAUAAGCCAUCUAACCUCGUGUUAGCUCCCAAUGAGAAUGGCCAACUGCAGUGUUUAGCCAGUGGAAACCCCAAACCCAGCAUCCAGUGGCUUGUAAAUGGAGAGCCGAUAGAGAGUUCACUGGAAAAUCCAAGCAGGGAGGUAGUUGGUGAUGCAAUCAUCUUCAGCUCAGUGCAAAUUGGCACCAGCGCUGUAUACCAGUGCAAUGCCUCAAACGAACAUGGCUACCUGCUGGCCAAUGCUUUUGUCAACAUACUGGAUAUGGCACCACGGUUACUGGGCCCCAAGAACCAGCUGAUUAAGGUGAUCGAGAGCAAACAAGCCUUUCUGGAUUGUCCUUUUUUUGGCUCACCUUACCCAUUUGUGCGGUGGUUUAAGAAUGGCCAGGGUAUAGCUCCAAAUGUUGGGAAGUACAGCUUACAUGAAAACGGUACCCUGGAGAUCAAGCGAGUUCGACCUGAAGACCAGGGAACUUACACUUUUGUGGCAAGCAACAUCUUGGGCAAAGCUGAAGAUCAGGUCCGUUUGGAAGUUAAAGAGCCGACGCGAAUUGUCCGAGUUCCAGAGGACCUCUCUGCCAACAGAGGAAGCGUGGCUCGUUUUGAUUGCAAGAUUAAACACGAUUCCACACUCCCCAUUACGGUCACCUGGCUCAAAAACGACAAGCCCCUCCAUUUUGCUUGGCUGAGCAAGUUUAAGAAGGAGGAGGACGCGUUAUCCUUUAGCAACAUCCAGCCUGAUGAUGAGGGAACAUACACUUGCACAGUUACCACAGAGUUAGACCAGGACUCUGCCUCGGCCCGCCUUACUGUUUUAGAGGAUGAAUCCCUAGCUCCCUCUAAAACUAGUGCUGUAGCAGCUGUUCCUGAUCCUCCUCAGGAUCUGGAGUUGUCUGAUCUAUCAGCACGCUCUGUCCGGCUCACUUGGAUCCCUGGCAAUGAGAACAACAGUCCUGUUACAAAAUUCCUUGUUCAGUAUGAAGAGAACCGGUGGAGACCAGGCGAAUGGCAAAAUCUGUCCAGUUACGCAGGUGAUCAGAACUCUGUGAACCUGAAUCUGUCUCCGUUUGUGAACUACCAGUUCAGAGUGAUCGCCAUCAACAGUGUUGGUCUGAGCCGACCAAGCCAGCCAUCAGCCCGCUACCAGACCAGCGGAGCACCUCCUUAUGUUUAUCCCAAUGGCCUUAAAGGGUGGGGUACCAAGAAAACCAACAUGGAGAUCACUUGGCAGCCCCUUCUUGAUAACCAAAGGAAUGGGCCUGAUCUACGUUAUGUGGUCUCAUGGAGGAGGAAGGACUUGGAGGAGGAGUGGAAUAACAUCACCACUACCAAUACAAAGCAUGUGGUUGGUGAUACAGACACUUAUGUCCCCUAUGAGAUCAAGAUCCAGGCAGUCAAUGACUUUGGUGCAGGCCCUGAGUCAAACAUAGUGAUUGGCUACUCAGGGGAGGACAGGCCCACGGAGGCACCUGGAGACCUCAGGGUGACAAAGACAAACAGCAAUAAAGUGAAUGUAAACUGGAGCCCUGUCGAGGCCAAAUCCAUUAAUGGAGAGUUUAAAGAGUACAGGCUAUAUUACUGGAGGGAGGCCAGCCUGGUGAAAGACUUGAAGGUGAAUAAGGACAAGAAAACAAAAGGUUUCUUCAGCGAUGUGUCUCAGAACAGUGGCGUCCUAAUGGACCUCGUCCCUUAUAGCAAAUACAAGAUGUACAUGGUUGUGGCCAACAACAAAUUUGAGGGACCACACAGCAACACUGUGGAGUUUCAGACCAAGGAAGGCUUGCCUGGCGCUCCAAAGUUCUUCAGGAUUGUCCAGAGGAACGCCACCACCAUUCGCCUAGAAUGGAAUAAGCCUCUGGAGCCGAAUGGCAUUCUGAUCGGAUACACGCUCCAAUACAAGACAGUGAAUGGGACAGAGGAGGGCAAGCUACAGGUCCUGAGUUUCUUCCCUAAUGAGACAGAGUACACCAUGCGCCUGCCUGACCGCUUUACCCGCUACAAGUUCUACCUGUCUGCUCGGACACAGGUCGGCUCUGGUGAGGUCUAUGCUGAAGAAUCGCCUCACUUUGCCAAUGAAGCCUACAUUACGGACCAGGUCGACAUUGCCACGCAGGGUUGGUUCAUUGGUCUCAUGUGUGCCAUUGCACUCCUCAUUCUCAUCCUGCUCAUUGUUUGCUUUAUCAAAAGAAGCCGAGGAGGGAAAUAUCCAGUGAGAGAUAAAAAGGACCUCCCUUUGGAUCCUGUGGACCACAAAGACCAGGAUGGAUCAUUUGAUUACCACAGCGAUGAGGACAACAAGCCUUUGCAGGGAAGUCAGACCUCUCUAGACGGCAACGUCAAGGAAAGUGACGACAGUCUAGUAGACUACGGAGAGGGAGGGGAUGGCCAGUUCAAUGAGGAUGGCUCCUUCAUAGGCCAGUACACAGUCAGGAAGGAUAAGGAGGAGACGGAGGGCAACGAGAGCUCAGAGGCCACAUCACCUGUCAAUGCCAUCUAUUCUCUGGCGUAGAUUCUUCCAGAAUGAACAGAAGGCCAAAUGCACACACAAGUAAUUCAAUAUAUACAUAGAGAGAAAUUUGGAACCACAUAUACACACUUAACACUGAGAUGCACAGUCCCUAUGAAGAAAGCAGGGGUGAGAAACAAACCCCUGAUGGAGGGGAAUUCAGAACUCGGACUUCAGUGUGCCUUUAGGGCAAUGGGGCACAGGGAAGACAACAGCAACCUGAGACUUUCAAGCAUUUUCUGUGGCUUUUUUUUUUUUUUUAAUCCUGAACCCACAUUCAUACUUUCUAAUAUCAGAGAAAAGCAGACACAAGCAGCAGUCCUGUGACUGUAUCAGUAGUUGGCCAAAUCAACAAAGGAACAUUGGCAAAUGCCAAUAAUAUGAUAGAUGUGUCAAUAAAAGAUAUAUGAAUGCUGUAAUCAGUGCUGGCACAGCUUGCUGUACCAUAAAAAUCUAUGCACUAUAUAUUACCAUAAUUUACUUUUGGUUGAAAUUGGGUGAUCAAAUUUCUUCUUUUCUUUUAUAAUGCAAAAAGCAUUAAGUUACUAUUAAGUCACUGAAAUGCUAUACAUCCUGGCACCCGUGCCCUAGCAGUGGACAUAUCUGCUGUAGUUUGAUGCCUAUUUUUGCAAGUAUAUUUUCAUUGGCUGCAUCUAUAGCAUUUCUAAUUAUCACCGCUGAUGGUUAUAGAGCUGAAGGCAAGCACCAUCAUUUAUCAAAGUAAAAACGAACAAACAAUCAUGCAAACAAAAAAUAAACACACUUUAUUUUGGAGCAUGGUCUUGUUUGUGCGAGAGACAAUAGAGAGGUUGAAAAGAAGACUUUAUCUCUGUUAGCUCAAUAAAACACAAUUGUAUAAUCAUUUUUUUAAUAGCUGGCACUAUAUAUUACAUAAUGGGGAUGAUGAUGAUGAUGAUGAUGAUGAUGAUUAAUUAAUCUGACAUCCACUAUUUUUUCUAGUAUUUUGGGCUGUGGUCUUUGUUUUAGUAAGUUUGUUCUAGGGUGUUUAGGUGCAAAGUAGAUGGAUAGACGUGGAAGCAGUAAUGCUAAAAGGCUUGCAUAAGCAAAGUUAAUUCACUAUUGAAAAUUUUUUACCAUCAGUACCAUGCUUGAUAUUAUCAACCAUUUUAAUCUUCUAUAUCUCCCACAUCUUACAGAAACAAAAAACGAAACGUGAAUCCAGACACUAGUUUCGAUAUUAAAACAUUGCAUAGUGUGAUGUUAUGUGAAAAAAAUAUUUAAAUUGCUUAAAUCGGGGACCAUAUGAUUUAGCAUGCUUUAUUUUCAGAGCUUGGUUUUAACACUGCCUAAAAAGCAACUUGAAGUCUAGUGCCACUCACAGUGGUGGGCAUGGCCACCUAGCUUCUGCAAAUACAGCACCAAUAUAGUUACUUCAUACAGAGGGCUCAGUGUAUGUACAAUUAAAUAUUUAUUUGUAUUUCAUUUAUACAAUUUAUAUGAUUAAUAUAUUGCUGAUUAAUUUAAUGAACACCCAAUUUUAACUGCUUGUCUCAUGAGGUCACUGAAUAGUUUCUCACCUAACAUAAGGUACAGUAAACAUGUACUUAAAAAAAUUAUAUCAGACCCAUACUGUGUAAUAAUGGAUGGGUGGGAUACGGGCAGUGGAUGUUUUAUCCACUAAUUAAAUGUUUGAAUCCAUUAAAUGUAUGUUUUAUCUGUUAAUAGUGCUGUUUAUUUUGUAUUACUGUUAUUGUAUUACUGUUUCAAUGUGUUAAUAUAUUUUAAUUUAUUUCUUGUCACUUUUACAUGACACAGAAAAAACCUGUUUGUUUAUUUUGUUCAGACACAGUUUUGUGCUCUCUUUCAUAAAUGUAAAUACUGAUUUACAGACGGGUGGCAAAUUAAAGGGAAACCUGGUGGCUCUUUUAUGCUGUGGAGGUCAUUUUGCUUGCAUGGUUUGGGCCCACUUGUUCCCUUAGAGGGAAACAUUAUAGCAAAUCAAUAUGAAGUUCUUCUUAUUGAUCAUCUUUACUCAGAGAUUAAGCAUUUCUAUCCUGAUGGGAGUGGUCUGUUCCCGGAUGUACCCACCCCCAUCCACAGCUCACAUCAACUUACUCAAUAAUUUUUUGAGGAUGAAAAUGAUAAAAGCAUAUGCUGUGGCCUUCACAGUCACCAGAUCUCAACUCAAAUAGCUCUCAACUGACCUACAUUUUAGAGUGACAUUUUAGACAACUCUCUCCACCACCAUCCUUACAACACUACUUGAGUGCAGUCAAUAUUCAUUCCUCCAAUACAGUUCCAGUAGAGUCAAUGCCUAUGUCCAUUGAAGCUGUUCUGGUGGCUUGUGGUAGCCAAAGAAUGUAUGUUUUUUUACAUUUUUUAUUUUACUUUGUCACCCAUCUGUAGAUUUUUUACUUCACACUUAGAAAUUGAAUUAUGAGGGUCUUGGCAGUGCUGCGUCCACCAAGGUCCAGCCAGAGGACCCCUAGUUUUCACCAAAAUCUGUCUUUUGGGGGGAUCCACAUUGUUAUUGUAUUAGGUUGAUUGUCAUAUCAUAUAUAUCAUAAACUUGUGUCUCUGUAUAUUUACUUUCUGACAAAAGUAGUGAAAUAUAAUGAGCUGAAGAGUUGUCAGGAGGCAUGUCCACAUCUCGCUGAGCUAAAGUUCAGCUGUAAUAAAUUGACUGUUGACAGUGACUGCAACAUGGUUUUAUUUUUAUUAAUCAAAUUCCUGGUCAGGUUCUGCAUACGGGUUUGCUUUGAGACUAGGUUAGGACUAAUUCUUUAUUUGUCAAUUCGUUAGGCUUGUAAUGAUAUCUCUUGUUUGUGUUGUUAAAUACUAUGUGAGUUUCAAAUAUAGCCUAUUUUGUACUGAAUGCAGUUCAAAAUAAUAUGCUUGGAUUGAAUAUUUUUUUGGUUUCAGCUAUUAUUCUUACUUCAGUCCUGGUCUCAAGUAUUGAAUGAGGCCAAGUUGUUUGCCCUGCUUUUCCGUUUCUUUUGUGCAUAUUUGUCCUGUCUAUAGCCAGUUACUUGCACAAACCUAUGGGCAGGAAUCUUGGUGGCUGUAAGGCUUUGCUAUUGUAGCAUUUUGCCCUCAUCUACUGGGGGCUGAGCUUAUCUUUCUAUUGGUGUACAUGUUACUGUGUAAAGCAAGAAUUUUGUCACUUCAGUUUUCCCAUCAUCACUGUACCUCACUAUAUCGCUUCUUCAUAAUAUCCUCCUCCUGUGACCUGUGACAUCUACUCACCUACCCUGUGUUCUAAUACUGCCCUUAACACACCCUCAUCGACAUCACAAGUGGCCACAUGCAGAACUUGCAGUGGGAAGAGGAUCUUUCUGUGGGCAGCAAGCACAAUGUGAUUAAAACGAUUUCUUUUUCAGUUUAGCAGAGUAAAAUAACAUUAGUUUCUAGUACUACUACAUAAUAAAGCUUUGUUUUGUUGUAUGUUAAUUAAAAAAUAUUUUUAGGGCUCUUGUUUAUGCUUAUGAACUCUGAAUGUUUAUUUUUUGGAAUAUUUAAUUGCUCUUGUUUAUGCUUAUGAACAAAUGUUAAUAUGCUUCAUAUGCCCUUAUGCCCAUAUGCCCUUACUCAAUAACUUCUUGGAAAUUUGUAUCAGUCUAUAGUUAACAUAAGACUCAAUUAACAGACUUCAGACUUCCAGACUUCCCUUGAAGACAUUAAACACUGGAAUAGAUUUUAACAUGGCAGUAGGAAUUUUUACAAAAUGAAAAUGGUGAGAAAAAGUGGGCUCAGGUAUGCUGAAAACAGUAUUGCUGUUAGGCUUUCUCCAAUACCUUCUAUACCAAAUAUUUUGCCAGUCUUGUUUUUCCUUACCAUCAAUGUCAGUUGAAUGAAGGUGUAGACUGAUGACUUGCGUGCAUUGACCAAAUGAAAGCACAUGGAUAAUGGUGGCAGUGAUGUCUCUGAGGCUUGGAACCACCAUUUAGGGUAAUUGCAUAUUAUGUAAAUCUGCAAAGUACAGUAAAUGGACUCACAGUCUCCAACUUGGGGAGAGACCCUAUUGUACAUGCAAAUGAGCAUUUAAUGUGUGUCUAUUUUCCCUAUUUUGGACCUUGGAUGCAUAUCUUAACAGACAUUUUUACUGCUUUCACAGACUUUUUUCCUUGCCCAUGAAGAAGAGAGAAUGAAAUAACGUUCUAGCCAGGUUUAUAACACUACAGUCAUGUGAAUUUUUUUUUAAAUAUAUUUGGACAAGCAAACAUUUGAUCAUCUUUUAUAUAGUGCCAAGUAAUAAAGUUGAUGUACUUGAACAAAACCACAAGGAAAAUGAACUUUUCCAAUCAUUUAUUCAACAGAAAUAUCAAUCGAUGUGAUAUUUUUGUGAUAACUUCUUGUAGGUGAUUUGCAGA